AUGUUGAAUCUUCGGCAUACACCACCGCCUCUGCUCACUUCAACCUCUCCGAGCGAUCAAGCGUCGUCGAGUUCUCGAGACACAACUCCUGCGACGCCGGUGACUACAAUUAGGCCUGCUCCGGAAAAGCAGUCCGCGGGACGAGCAGGACAAAAGUCACUGCCGUGCUUCCCUCGUCAACCUCCUACAACAACGACCAAAGUCUGUUUCGAUUCGUCCCUGAAGGAUUUGGACUUUGGGGAGACACUAUUUCCAUUGUUCAGCGCUCCUUCACAGGACCAGUCUAUGGAAAUAGCAGCUACGCCUGAUGAGAAUCUUACAGUUCGACAGACUGCGACCUCGCCUUCCGCUCGGGGCAAUCAACCUUCGGGCCUGACGGCUGCUUUGCAACGAGACAGUAGUGACGAUUUCCUAUCCCCAAAAGUCCAAGCAAUGAGUACUCAGAGGCCCUCACUAGGCCUGCCGUCCGAAUCGUCGGACAUGUCCAGGUUCGAAAAUGGAGCGAGGCCAAUUUCGAUGAAGGGAAGACCUAUGGACAAGAACAGACGCGAGAGUCUUGCACAAAGUUUGGGUAUGGGCAUGAGCUGGGGUGGAGCUUCUGUAGGUAGCUGGAUCAGAGACGAUAUGAUUAUGGCGGGUACCUCACCUUUCGCGUUUCACCAGUCACCUAGUUAUCAUUCUUCGUCCUAUCUUCCGAAGCUCGAAGCCGAUUUCAUGCGAGAUUUUGUCUGUUGUGGGACAAUGUGGAAGGACCUCCAUGCACUCCUAACACAUUACGAAGAGACACAUGCGCAGCAAGAGCCUAUUGAGAGUCAGACGGGUGCUCAGCACACCGUGCCAGAUCAGCGGGCCGCACUGGCCUCGAAUACUCGAGCUCAGAUUCAGCACGAGGCUCAAAAACGAGCAGCACAGGAGCCACAAGGUGGUGCAGUGCAACCAGCAUUGUCGAGAUCUGGUUAUAGCAAUACCUUACAAACAAUACCAGACAUGGAUGCUGUAGAAGACAUGGAGAUGGACGAUAUCGAUGGUAACGACGAGACAACCCCUCCUUCGAACAUGUUUACAUCUCUCUCAAGCCAAAAUUCACCCUCCACCCAGUUUGCAUCAACAGCACAAGCGCAGGUUCCCCAACUGAACACAAACCUUAUGCAAAGCCACCAAGCUUACAGGAACUCAACACCAAAUACACCGACCAUGAACCGCAACUCAGCUGCUUUCCAGGGUGCCAACAUUUCUUCGACCCUAAAUCCAAAUCCUAUGCAGCAAUUUCAGGAUCUGCACAACCCAUAUCGAGAUACGCCUGAUUCUUCCGCGCCUGGCACUCCUGGCGAGCUAGACGAAUCCAUAAUGGCAGGAAUAGAUGACAUGUCAAUGCAAGGCAAUGCAAUGUUUAAUGGCAUGAACGGCUUCGGCAACAAUUUUGGGUUCGGCGUCAGCAACGACAUGAUCGAUUUGUGCAUAGACGAACCAGCCAAGAGGCUAUUCCAAGCUAACACUUCAGGAAAUAGCCAACAGGCUAUACACCAAAGACUCGGGUCAGGGCAGUAUGGACCAAAUAGCGAAAUCGCUAAACGUAUCCGUGAACAACAAGUUGCAGCUGGACUGCCCGAUACAAUGAACAAUUUACUACCUCACGAGGAGCCUAAGCCUUUCCGUUGUCCUGUGAUUGGUUGUGACAAAUCUUACAGGAAUGCUAACGGUCUCAAGUACCACAAGACACAUGGACACCAGAACCAGAGACUGCAGGAGAACGGAGACGGCACUUUCUCCAUUUUAGAUCCUGACAACAACCAGCCCUAUCCAGGUACUGUGGGUAUGGAAAAAGAGAAGCCCUACAAAUGCGAAGUAUGCCACAAGCGCUACAAGAAUUUGAACGGGCUGAAGUAUCACAAGACACAUUCACCACCUUGCAAUCCCGAAUUAGUGCAACAGCGAGCUCAGCAGCAGCAAUCACAACAAGGAACGACUACUAUCGCGUCACCACCACCAACAUCCUCCUCGGCGAUGUCCAGUAUCCUACCUAACCAGAAUAUGAGCAUGAGUUUGAACAACAUGAAUUUUAAUAUGCUGGGAGGCGACCAAAACCUGUAG